CAGGGAUUCAUCGAAGAAGAGGAGGCGACCAUGUUGAUUUAAAGGAAGAAGAAACACAAUAGAGACGAAUUAUUUCAAGAUAUUUUCAGCUAAUUUAGAAGAAAAUUGUUAAUUCACCGCACUCAGAGCAUCGCUCGUACAGUAACGCAGCUUUUCAGGUGGGACGUUUGAGUCGUCGGUCUGGAUCUUUUGGAGGCGGGGAGUUUGCGGCGCUGCACGUUUCGGGCCGAGCGGAUCAUCCCUGGUGUUGACGGAGAGGAGGAGGAAUAAACCCAGAGCACAACGGAAACGCACUGAGGACUCUACAAGGGCGGAAAGCUUCUCUGCUUUGGACUAAAUUCCUUGUUGGAACUUUAUUUUUUUCCACACAUGAAGAAACAGAACCUCUCCCAGUGGAGAUAAAUGAAAUUCUGGCUUUCUGGAGAAGACCGUGUACAAAGUUGGACUUCCUGUUCUCUGGAUCAGGGACAUGCAGCAGCUCUCUGGGACUGGCAGUAAAAAGCAGAGAUAUUAUUGACGAUAGAAACUCAUUUUGGUGCAGAUUGCCCUAGUUGUUCUGUUUCAGGACUGGAACCACUUCGAUGCUUGUUCACGUAUAAUUUUUCUAUAUCGUGGACGAGUCUAUUUCUGCACAUGGUUGCAGAUUUCUCUUCAUUUGGAAGAGUUUUUGUGUAAAAACUAGUUUUGUUUUUGUCGGCUCUGCAGCGGUCACUGUGAUGAGCUGCAGCUUCGUGUUUAUAUGUAAAUAUUACUGAGCCAUUUCUCUGCAAAGCGCUUUGGACACACAGAGAAUAUUGUUGAACGCUUUAUUAAACUUUAGGAUUUUUUACUGACGACAGAAUUUAAGAGACAAAAAUUAAAAAAAACAAACAGAAGUUCAGGAAAAAUGGCAACAGCCCGAACGGAAAACCUCGGUCCAGUUGUGAUGGGACUGAAUAAGCAGAACGGGCAGCUCAAAGGACAGACCAAACCUGCCGCAGGACCCCCAGCAUCAACUCAAGGAAAGAAUCCAGCCGGGAGCAACCAGGACGGCGGAGGAAUCAAGUUUGGAGACGACUGGAAGAAAUGCCUACAGCUCCCCCCGAAGGACAACAGGGUCAAAACCUCAGACGUCACGGCAACCAAGGGGAACGAGUUUGAAGAUUACUGCCUGAAAAGGGAACUCCUGAUGGGAAUCUUUGAGAUGGGCUGGGAGAAACCGUCGCCGAUCCAGGAGGAGAGCAUUCCCAUCGCGCUGUCCGGGCGCGACAUCCUGGCACGAGCGAAGAACGGCACGGGGAAAAGCGGCGCCUACCUGAUCCCGCUGCUGGAGCGGAUAGACCUGAAGAAGGACCACAUACAGGCCAUCGUCAUGGUGCCCACACGGGAGCUGGCGCUGCAGAUGAGCCAGAUCUGCAUCCAGCUCAGCAAACAUCUGGGCGGAGUCAAAGUGAUGGCGACGACCGGCGGAACCAACCUGAGGGACGACAUCAUGCGCCUGGACGAGACCGUGCAUGUCGUCAUCGCCACACCCGGCCGCAUCCUAGACUUGAUAAAGAAAGGCGUGGCGAAGGUGGACCGGGUCCAGAUGAUGGUGAUGGACGAGGCGGACAAGCUGCUCUCUCAGGACUUCGUGGUUCUCAUCGAGGACAUCAUCAGCUUCCUGGCCAAGAACCGGCAGAUCCUGCUCUACUCCGCAACCUUCCCCAUCAGCGUCCAGAAGUUCAUGGUGAAGCACCUUCAGAAACCCUAUGAGAUCAACCUGAUGGAGGAGCUGACCCUGAAGGGCAUCACCCAGUUCUACGCCUACGUGACGGAGCGCCAGAAGGUCCACUGCCUCAACACGCUCUUCUCCAGGCUGCAGAUCAACCAGUCCAUCAUCUUCUGUAACUCCACCCAGCGGGUGGAGCUGCUGGCCAAGAAGAUCACGCAGCUGGGAUACUCCUGCUUCUACAUCCACGCCAAGAUGAUGCAGGAGUACAGGAACCGCGUGUUCCACGACUUCAGGAACGGGCUGUGCAGGAACCUGGUCUGCACCGAUCUCUUCACCAGAGGAAUCGACAUCCAGGCUGUGAACGUCGUCAUCAACUUUGAUUUCCCUAAAAAUGCAGAAACGUACCUCCAUCGCAUCGGGAGGUCAGGGCGGUUCGGCCACCUGGGUCUGGCCAUCAACCUGAUCACCUCGGAGGACCGCUUCAACCUGAAGGCCAUCGAGGAGCAGCUGGUGACCGACAUCAAGCCCAUCCCCAGCAGCAUCGACAAGAGUCUCUACGUGGCCGAGUACCACUCCGGGCCCGUUACCGACGGCGACGAGGACGAUGCGGAGGAGAAGCCGCCGCGCCAGCAGGACAGCACCUAAAGCAGAGCAUCGUGACACUCCGGGCUUCGCCAGACGUCUUUGCUCCACACUACUCUUCAUCAUCUUCCUCUUCUUCCCUCGCUUCCAGAACCUUCCGGCCGGUUCCUCACAGUUCUGCUUGUUGUUCUGCACCGGCUCCAACCUGGACUCCAAACCGAGUCAUGCAUGCCCGCCGCCCCCUCACCCGCCCCUGACGCCGCCGUUCUCACUUAAGUGCCUUACUUCCUCCCUGGCGCACGCUCCCCCCCCGUCCUGCUGCAGCAGCAGAGCACAAACAGCAAACCCGUCGCAGCGCCCGUUAUGCAACAAACCCACAACCCGCCACCUUGUCCUGCCCGGACGCCGCUCUCCGAGGCGUCGCAAUAAAAAAUGGCAGCUUUCUUUAAACGCAGCGCGACUUUUCCCCUCAUGAAUUAGAAGAACGAGCAAAAGCGCAGAAACUUCCUGCGUGGAUCUGAUGGCGUGCACGGGGAAAACGGGAGCAGCUCCUGUUUUUACUGUGAACCGCUGCAACAGAAACCUCCGAUCCGCUCUCAGUCGACCCGAACGGGUCUGGCGCCGGUGCAGAACAGCAGCUGAAACUUCCCGUUCCGUUUUAUUCCUUCUGGUUUUCAUUGAGGCGCGUCGGAAGCCCGGACUUGUCACGCGUAGUUGAAUAUAUUAGAUGCCAAUGUUUGUUCUGCAGCCCGGACCGGAUAACGCCGCAGUUUGAUGCAGUGAAUCUGAUGAACGUUUGGUUCUGAUUGGAUGUCCGUGUAAAUUUGAAGCCAAACUUGUGAGCUUUUCCAGUUUUCCACCAGAACCAAACUGCGGCGUUAUCCGUGAACUGGACUCGGCUUUGAGCCCAGAAACUUCUGAACAUUUCUGUUGGGUUUUUUUGUUGUUUUUUUGCUGCUGAGUGAAACUGGUUCAGGUUUUCUUUUCCUGACGGACCAGGGAGCGAUGAAACUAGCUCCGGCUCUACCGGACCACGCUAGACGGGUUCCCCCCUCCUGCAGCAGCAAUAACUUUUCCUUUUCCUGCUCGGAUCCGGUUUCUUCGUUUCGGAACAAUGAGGUUUAGUUUGGACUCGGCAGGAUUGUAGCAUCUCUGAACAGGCAGCUGGGGUUUCUUUCUGUCCUCCCCUUACAGAGCAUCACUAAUGAUUUAAAAAAAACAUAAAAAAAUAUUUUUUUGCUUUUAAGAUAAUUUUUUUUGUUGCUUUCGCUGGUUCUGAUGGGAGCCACAUUUUUUCCAGAAACCAAGUGUUUAAUCAGAAGCUCGCCGCGCAUCGUAAGGCUCCUCUCUGGUACUUAAACCAGGACACAAAUCGUUGAUUUGGAAUAAUUUUUACACCAAAACGUUUUUGUUUUAAGUACCGGACAGAGCGCGGAGUCGGACCAGAGCGGUUCUGGAAAGAUCUGCGACGGUUUUCCGUGUUCUGACUGAGGUGUUAGAAAUCAAACAGGGAAACCGCGAAUUUUGUUUCCAGUUUCCGAUUGAAAGCAGAAAAUGUUCGGCUUCAUCAGAGGAAGAGGAGGAGUUUUUAGUUUUUCUGUUUUCUUGAAACUGAUUUUCAGGAUUGAAGCAAAACCAAAGUGUGUGUGUGUGUGUCUGUCGGCGUGUGUGUGUGUCUGUCGGCGUGUGUGUAUGUGUGUGUCUGUCGGUGUGUAUGUGUGUCUGUCGGUGUGUGUGUGAGGAGCGGAUGGGAAUUGCCACAUGUAGUUUCCGCUAAGCCGGGAACAAAAUCAGAACGACGAUAAAAACGUGAAGCUGCAUGUUGGUGAUUCUGUUUGUGUUUUAUCGGGUGUCUGAUCAAACGUCGGAUUUGGCGUUGGAUCAGACGCGUUGUCGUCGGGGAUGUGAUCUCUGUCGAGUUUUCCGAUCUGCCACCUCCUCCAGAGAAAUAGUUUUUUUCUGACAAGACAUCUUCCUUUUUUGUUUGUUUUUCCUGAUCACAUCCCUGCCGAUCAUUCAAUCAUCAUCAUCUCCUCUGGGUUCCAGGUCUAGGAUCCAAACUCUCUGCUUUAUUCCGAUUUAACAUAAUUUCCAGAAGCUAAGCUAAAUAUUCCUGCUCUGGACCAUAAAGCGAACUUUUUCCACCCCUGGAGCUUUAAAAAGAUCCGAUUGUUGGGAACCAGAGGAGGUCGUGAUGAACGUUUUGUCUGUCGACUCGUUUUGUGUUUUUGUGUCGGAGCGCCAAUUGGGGGGGAGGGCGGGGGGAUCUGGAAUAAAACUAACUCCAGAACUGGAACUGGAUCCGGGUUCAUGCGAAUUCCUAAAGGAGGAAAAUGAACCAAACUAAAACUUUUGAUUCCAUGAUGUGGAUUUCUCUAAAGCAAAGUUAAAUUGGAUUUCCAGACUGCUGGAGGCUUCAUGAUUUUAAAAACCUUCAUUCGGCUCCAACGGCCUCCAGCUUUUCCUUCAAUUUGGACUUUUUCCUCAGGAAGUUGGUUUGUUUUCCUCCUCCAAAAGAAAAUGUAUAAGUUUGAUCGGAUGAAGUAGAAAAAUGUAAUUUUGUUCAUUUUGACUUGACCAAUCUGCCCUCUACUGGUGUAACAUGGAAGAACAUGCAGAGACUUAAAUUCAAUAAAUUGGCCUGAACAUUA